UCCUUAAUGAUAAACCACCCAUGAUGGCGACCGAAAAGAAAGAAGGGGGCGGAAACGUUAACUUUAGUUGUACGAUAUGUCUGGAGCCGAUAGUUAAACCAAGAUGGCUGCCCUGUGCACACACGUUUUGUGAAGAAUGCCUGCAAACAUUUAUAUCAAGAGCAGCUAUUGGGAAAAAAGAAGACAACUUUAAGUUUAAAUGUCCGGUAUGUAGACGUUUGACAGGGUGUCCAGAGCAGGGGAUCCCCAUGGAAGAAUGGGCCAAACAUAUCUCCGCCAAUACCUUUCCUAGUUCUCUGACCACAUCUAUGGAGAAACAACCUCAAGAUAACUUGUGUGCGAUAUGUUUACGUGACGACAAACAAGUGAAGGCGGAGAGCUGGUGUCACGAGUGUCAGAAGAUGAUUUGUGAAACAUGUAAAGGUCUUCAUAAAAUAGUGGUUACCCUUCAAAAACACAAAAUAACAGCAUUAGCACUGAAAAACCAAACUAGGAAUCUUCGAUGCCAAGAUAGAAAAGAACCCUGUAGUAUUCAUGCAGGUAAAGUGGUGGAGGUAUUUUGUCUGGAUCACAGGAAGAUGUGCUGCAGCAUUUGUUUUGCAAACGAGCACGGGUGCUGUGAGCAUGUAGAAGCAUAUGAAAAUGUCGUUAAAAGAAUUCAAAAAUAUAACUUGGAAGGGGAUAUUGAGGUUCUAUAUAAAGAAGCAAAAGUAGUUAAAGAGAUGAUAAAACAUAAAGAACAGACAAUCAGAGAAACAGAUGCAAGAAAAGAAGCGAUUUUAACCAAUGUUUCCACUGAAAUUGAAAAGCUUAAGUCAAAACUUGAUGAAUGUCAACAACAGUUUAAGAAAACUGAAAAUGAAAAAAACAAAGAUAAACUAAAGCAAUGUGUCCUAAAUUUAAAACAGUACCUUGUGACCGUACAAAAUGGACAGGCUUUACUUUCUGCUGUUCAACAACAAGGUUCAGAAAAGCAAGCGUUUUUAGCUGCCUUGAAGACUAUCGCUGACGUAGAAGAAAAGUUCAAUUAUUUUCAACAAAACUACUUAAAAGACGAACAAAUUCAAUACGAACAUGACCACACAACCAUACUUUGGCAAGUGUGUAACCAUUUAAAGAUACUAGACGUCACCUUGGUACCGAGUCCUUCAAUGAUCAUGUGGAAUUUAUCUUUACAUUUGCCAUCUUUUGAAAUCCACGAACAGAAACAACCCUCAACAUUAUUACAAAUUUGACUGAUCCAAAUUUACUGAAUAUAGAGAAAAAGUCCGAGUUUUUGGUGUCGGGAACACCACAACAGGCCAUUUUUGUUAAUACUGAAAUAUUAAUAGUAGCCUGCGCAUUUUCACCAUAUCUAAAAGCUGCUAAAGCCAACGGAGCAAUGGAAUCAUUUGAAUAUCCAAUUAAAUUAAACGUGAAGCCUUGUCUAUAUUCUGGUCCUACCAGAGACGUUUUUUACGUUAGUUGCCUGACUUCAAUUUAUAAACUAAAGAUUGCAUAUAAAAGAAAAGGUGUCAUUGACUAGCCAUGCAUGGCCGAGUUUAAGA